AUGCACCACUUCAACCACCAACCAUCCAACACCCCGGCUAAUGCCAAUGCUCGGGUCACGGGACAACCAGCUGCUCACAGCCAGUCUGCAUUCGUUCCAACACCAUCACUCCAAUCUCUCUUGAUUUUAGAUUUAUAUUUCACUGACUACUCAAAUUUACCAUUUGCCUGGAACGGAUUAGCAGCAAAUCCGGAAGGUGGGAAUUUAUUAUCAGCUUUGCUUUGCUACAACUCUUCAAUUGAAUCAACUGUGACACUUUGGAAUCCUCAACGUCUGAACUGUGGAGAUAGACUCCAACUUUGCAUCUGA